UUCUCGUCAUUAUUGCAAAUACCAUCGGAAUAAGCGAAACGAAACAAAAUGCGGUUGGCUCAAUAUCUGGCGCUCCUCUUUGUCCUGUCGUUGGCUGUUGACCAAGUUUACUGCGCUCCUGGUAAGAAAGCAGGAUCGGAGGAAGAAGAAGGUGGCGAAGGAGGUGAAGGCGGCGAAGGAGGUGAAGGUGGCGAGGAAGGAGAAGGAGGUGAAGAAGGUGAGGGCGGAGAAGGCGAUCCUGAACACGAAAGGAAACAAAUAGCCGGCGAACUCAUCCGCAUCGAAAGGAAAAUGGACACGGACAUUGAGAACAACGACCACUACGACAUCAGGUACGCUUUGGUGGAUCUGGAAACCAGGAUCAGACCAAGAGUGGCCAGAUUGUCAAAGGACAUUGAUGCCACUCUGAUCAACCCAGACCAGAAGGCUGGCGAGCACAAAUUCCAAAAGGGACUCCUGGAAGACAUCACCCGCAUCCUCUACAAAGCUGGCGCCCGAGCUUGUCUAUCUCCUCACGAAACUUUCCAUCUUCCUUCCAAAAAAUGCCUGAAAUUCGGAGCCAACGCAAAGGUCAACCCCUGCGCCGACAAGAAGGAUCAGGUUCUCUACGACGGCAAAAACAACGAAGGAACUUGUGACUGUGUCGAAGAUGAGAGGCACCUCGUUUACUACGACGGCGAGUGCUACCAACAGAAUUUCCAGGGUCCCUGUUCGCCGAAUUUCUGGCUGGUCAUGAUCAACGGAACCAUUUCCUGCGAGGCCAUUCCGGCCAAUUGCGUUGCCGAUGGUCAGCACAUCUACUGGAGCCCGAAUCCCGAGACGGUGCCAGCUGAAUGCCACCACAUAGGCAAACGAGGGCCGUGCAGCAUCGAUCAGGUUGUAUCGCGCGAUGCGACCGGUGCCGUCAGCUGCGUUGUUUCAAAGGAACCCGUCAAGGCGGUCGCCGCUAAGAUCGCCAAGACGGCCGCACGUAAUAACACGGCCACCCGGAACGCCAGACUCAAUGCCGGUGCUACCACCACCAUUGCACCUGAGCCGGAAGCUGAAGCGGCACCACAGAAGAAAAAGGACACCAAGAAACCGGUGACUCCUGUCGAGCUUAAUCCUUCGUCCAUGUGGGAUCAGCAAAGUUGUUCUCUGGGAAGUUACAGGAAGCAGACUGGAAAGUGCCCACCGUACUGAAUCCAUUCCUGAGUGGCUAAAGUAAGAGAGAGAGAGAAAGAAAAACAUGUAUUAUUAAUCAACUGCUAUUCAAGUUUUAAAUGCUUUAAAUUGUAUAUCGAUAUGUGCUCAUCUUGGACUGAAAUACAUCUAGAUGAAUGUGUUUUAAAAUGAA